AUGAGUUCGCAUAGCAGUUCGCUCGCUUCGUCGAUGAGAAGGCGCAUGGGCUGCGGCAUGUCCAGCGCAAGCCUCGUUGAACCAGACACGCUACCCUCAUCUUUACGCCUCCCGGAAAAUUCGGUGCGCGGUGAAGAUGAUGGCCUGAUCAGUGACGCCCUUGCUUCAUCCACGACAUCACGUCCAACUCCCAAGGGAUUUGAAUGCAAGAACAACGCGCCACCUUCGCAUCUCUCGGGGGAAGCCGGCCGAAGAACGGCUGCAACAGCCGCAUAUUCGAGUCUAUUUGAGCUAGAGGGCGAGGAAACUGAGAUCGCGAUGCCGGAAUCCUUGCUGGCCUGUCCCGUACGAGAUCUGCAGGAAGGCAGUUGUGGAAGCUUUUUCUUCGACUACACCUCCGUGAUCCCAAGCUCGACCGUUGAUGCCGGACCUCCUGCAUCUUCUUCGUGCCAUGUCUGUUGUCCUACAACGCCCCAGGGAGAUAAGCCUCCGCAGAAAAAUAGCGAACCAUUUGCAUCGUCGAGCGAACGCGGGACGUCAAAAUCGAGAUCGCUGCCAUCUCCCGACCAUGUGCUUAAUGAUAAGGUAGAGCUUUUACUGACCCAGUACUUGAAGAGCGUGUAUCAAAAAAAAUUAACAAUUUACAUAAAAAACGUAAACCUAUCGUUCUACUCAUCUCGAUUACAACGAGAAUUAUAG